GAUAAGACCCGCCGCGUCAAAGCCGCCUUCGACGCCUUCGACGCCGACGGCAGCGGCGAGCUCGAGGUCGACGAGCUGCGUGAGGUGAUGGCCCACCUGGGGCUGGAGCUGACAAAGGGCGAGUUUGACCACUACGUCGCGGCGCUGAUGCAGGACUACGACGUCGACAACUCGGGGAGCCUGGACUUUUGGGAGUUUGAGAAGUUCUACGAGCAGUGCCUGGCGAGUGACGAUCUGAGAGCCGCGGUCCACGCCGCGUUUAAGAAGUUUGACACGGACAAGUCGGGGAGCCUGGAGAUACCGGAGCUGUACAACGUGCUGAAGGAGAUCGGAGUCGACCUCGACCGGGACACCUUUGACGAGUACGCCGACGCGCUGAUGGAGGACUACGACGAGGACGAUUCCGGCACCUUGGACUUCCGCGAGUUCCACAAAUUC